AUGAAGCGAUUGUUUGGUGCACCGAAGGCUGCCCCAGCAGCAGGGCCUGCACCGAGUCUCUCAGAGACGUCGCAAAGGAUUGACUCGCGGGUUACUGAACUUGACAAAAAGAUUGCCAAGUGUGAUGAGGACCUCCGCAGAUAUGUUGGUGGGCGGGCUUCGGCACAGCAGAAGCAGCUGGCUCUGCAGUGCAUGAAAAGGAAGAAGAUGUACGAGCAGCAGCGAGAUCAAAUUCUCGGAACCCAAUUCAACGUGGACUCUCUGGCCGGUGCGCAAGAGCAGGCCGAAAUCAACAUCAUGACUGUUGAAGCCAUGAAAGUGGGCCAUCAAGACCUGAAAGAUCGUUAUCAACAGAUUGGUGGCGUCAUGGACAUCGAAAAGUUGAUGGACAACAUGGCAGACCUGAACGACGAAAUCUCGGACAUCAAUGAGGCCAUCUCUACGACAUAUGCAGUGCCCGAUGGCUUCGAUGAGGCAUCCUUUGAAGCUGAGUUUAGCGCUUUGGAGGAAGAGAUGAAGAUGGAGGCGCUGGCAGGCAUCAGCUCAACUGCCAAACCAUCCUAUUUGCCCGCCGAAGCACCGGAAGCGCCAGCUACUGCAGCGGAGCCUGCAACUGCAGAGCCCGCCCCGGCCACGGCUGCCCGCGGCUAA